UCUCAGCCUGCAUCGUCAGACAGACACUGGAUACAGACAACAACAGUGGCAGUUUAUUUUGCAAACGGUCAUGGGUGUAGUCUGAACAGUGGAUACAGUAGCGCACUGCAGUAUACCUCCAAGUUUCAUCCUCAUGAAGGAGCUCCGUCCUGGCUGAGUUUGGGAGAUGGGAGUACUCAACGUUGCAGACCAGCCUCCUCUGGUCCAGGCCAUCUUCAAUCGUAAUGCUGAAGAAGUUCAACUUUUAUUGCACAAAAAGGAGGAUGUCAAUGCACUGGACCAAGAGCGCCGUACACCACUUCAUGCUGCUGCUUGUGUGGGUGAUGUCCAUAUCCUGGACCUCCUCGUUGAAGCAGGGGCCAAUGUAAAUGCUAAAGACCAUGUGUGGUUGACGCCACUGCACAGGGCGGCUGCUUCAAGGAAUGAGAGAGCAGUGAGUCUGCUGCUGCGGCGCGGAGCAGAGGCAAAUGCACGAGACAAGUUCUGGCAGACACCGCUUCAUGUGGCCUGUGCCAACCGUGCCACACGCUGCACAGAGGCUCUGCUAACCCAACUGAGCAACCUGAACAUGGCAGAUCGCACUGGCAGAACUGCCCUGCACCAUGCAGCUCAGAGUGGGUUCCAGGAGAUGGUGAAGCUGCUUCUGAACAAAGGAGCCAAUCUGAGUGCCAUCGAUAAGAAGGAGAGGCAGCCAAUUCAUUGUGCUGCCUACUUGGGACAUGUGGAUGUUGUGAAGUUGUUGGUGUCCCGCAGUGCAGACAAGAACUGCAAGGAUAAGCAGGGUUACACGCCUCUCCAUGCUGCUGCAGCAAGUGGUCACAUUGAAAUUGUUAAGUACUUGCUGAGGAUGGGGGCAGAGAUCGAUGAGCCCAAUGGCUUUGGCAACACUGCUCUCCAUGUGGCGUGCUACAUGGGCCAGGAGGCUGUAGCAACUGAGCUGGUAAAUCAUGGGGCCAAUGUUAACCAGCCCAACAAGACCGGCUUCACCCCUCUACACCUGGCUGCUGUGUCCACCAAUGGUGCCCUGUGUCUGGAGUUGUUGGUCAACAAUGGUGCAGAUGUCAACCAGCAGAGCAAAGAAGGAAAAAGCCCCCUGCACAUGGCAGCCAUUCACGGACGCUUCACACGGUCUCAGAUUCUUAUUCAAAAUGGUGGUGAAAUUGAUUGUGUGGAUAAGUAUGGCAAUACCCCCCUCCACGUUGCUGCUAAGUACGGGCAUGAACUGCUGAUCAGCACUCUGAUGACCAACGGAGCAGACACGGCUAGACGUGGGAUCCAUGGAAUGUUUCCUUUGCACUUAGCUGUGCUGUACGGGUUUUCAGACUGUUGUCGCAAGUUACUCUCCUCAGGUCAGCUGUAUAGUAUAGUUUCAUCUAUGAGUAAGGAGCAUGUACUAUCAGCUGGGUUUGACAUAAACACCCCUGACAACUUUGGGAGGACCUGUCUACACGCUGCUGCCUCUGGAGGAAAUGUUGAAUGUUUGAACUUGCUCUUAAGCAGUGGUACCGAUUUGAAUAAGAGGGACAUAAUGGGAAGGACGCCAUUGCACUAUGCGGCUGCUAAUGGGAGGUACCAGUGCACUGUGACCCUUGUGAGCGCUGGCGCUGAGGUUAAUGAGCCUGACCAAACAGGCUGCACCCCCCUGCACUACUCUGCUGCCUCCCAAGCCUUCAGCAGAGUUGAUCGCCAUUUUUCUGAAAACCAUCCAAAUGAUGAGGAUGAAGCUAAAGAGUCCUACUUUUGCUUGGAGCAUCUUUUGGACAAUGGUGCUGAUCCGUCAAUGGUCAAUUCAAAGGGUUAUAGUGCUGUUCACUAUGCAGCUUAUCAUGGCAACAAACAGAACCUGGAGCUGCUCCUGGAGAUGUCCUUUAAUGCACUAGGAGACAUUGAGAGCAGCAUUCCCGUCAGCCCAUUGCAUCUGGCUGCUGAUAAGGGUCACUGGCAGGCUCUCCAUGUGCUGACAGAGACUGCAGCUUAUGUGGACAUGCAGGAUGCUUCAGGGCGUUCUGUGCUUUACUUGGCUGCUCAGAAAGGCUUCGCCCGCUGUGUGGAGGUGCUGUUGGCUCAGGGGGCUUCCUGUCUUCUCAAUGACAACCGCCUCAUGUGGACGCCUAUUCAUGUUGCAGCUGCCAAUGGUCACUCGGACUGCCUACGCAUGAUGAUUGAUUAUGGAGAAGAGGGGGAUCUCACUAAUGCUGCUGACAAAUUUGGCCAGACUCCCUUAAUGUUAGCUGUUCUCGGAGGUCACACUGACUGUGUUCAUCUCCUGCUGGAGAAGGGUGCCUUGCCAGAUGUCAAGGACAAGAGGGGGAGCACAGCUUUGCACAGAGGGGCGGUGUUGGGUCACAGCGAUUGUGUCGUAGCGCUGGUGGAGCAUAAAGCUUCUGCGCUGUGUCAGGAUAUUCAAGGUAGGACUCCGCUGCACUAUGCCGCAUCCAGAGGCCACACAGAGAUCCUGGUCAGUCUGCUACAUGCUGCCAUGGCAACAGACCCACAAGAUAAACUGCUGGACAGCAAACAAUACACCCCAUUACACUGGGCUGCUUACAAAGGACACGAAGACUGUUUGGAGGUUUUACUUGAAUUCAAAACAUUUGUGCAUGAAGAUGGAAACCCUUUCACCCCACUGCACUGUGCUCUGAUGAACGGCCACAGCGGUGCUGCAGAGAAGCUGCUGGAGUCUGCUGGUAUCUACAGUAUUAACAGCAGAGAUGCCAGUGGAAGGACCCCAAUACAUGCUGCUGCAUUUGCUGAGGAUGUAGCGGGUCUUCAGCUAGUGCUUCGCCAUGGGGCAGAGAUUAAUGCAGUGGACAAAAGCGGGUGCUCUGCUCUGAUGGUGGCUGCUGAUAAGGGGCACAGUGGCACUGUGGCCAUCCUCCUUCACCGGGCCAAGGCUGACCUGACACUGCUGGAUGAGAACAGGAACACUGCCCUGCACCUGGCCUGUAGCAAGGCUCAUGAAAUGUGUGCUCUGCUGAUUCUGGGGGAGAUCCACAGUCCGACUCUUAUAAACGCCACCAACAGUGCUCUGCAAAUGCCCCUCCAUCUCGCAGCACGUAACGGCCUGGCUACUGUGGUGCAGGCACUGCUGAGUAGAGGAGCCACUGUGCUGGCAGUGGAUGAGGAAGGCCACACUCCAGCCCUCGCCUGUGCUCCCAACAAGGAUGUGGCAGACUGCCUGGCCCUGAUCCUCUCCACCAUGAAGCCUUUCCCCCAGCGGGACCCUUCCUCCUGCUCGUGCUCCUCUCCCAGCGUCGCCUCCACCCCAGGUCUCAACUUGCUGAAGCACUGCGGCAUCACUGCUGCCUGUGCACCCCUGCCCAGCAAUGGCCUCCACAAUGGUUAUGUCAAAGACCGUCAUGGUGCACCGGUUGGCCUGGAUGGGUGUCUGUCUGAGUGAGGUUACAUGCCCCCUCAGUCAGCUGCUAUCAUCAUCAUCACCACCAGGGGGCUCCUCCCUUUAACAUGGCGCAGAGGACCAGGAGAGCACCCACCCACAUGUCUGUUCUUUGUGUAUGUAUGUGUUUGUGCGUCUGUGUGCGUGAGUGUUUGGUCUUCUCUUGAGGUGCAGUCAAACCUAAUAUGCAAUUAGAUCCCAUUCCUCCAUCCCCUAGUAGUGCUUAAUACAUAAUGGUCAGUUGCUCUACAAGGUCACUCAGACUACAUAUUGAGUCCAAGACAAACAUGAGCAAUCUGGCCAUCGCUAAGUCAUCUAACCCUUUAAAACCAUGUAGGCAUAAUUAUAUAACUAACAUCUAAAGAGCAUGAAAAACCUCAACUCGCUCUUCAUAUCAUUCAACAGAAGUCAUAUCAUGUUUAAUAAGUUGUGGUGACCUUGUAGAGGAAUGUGUAGCCUUCCUAAAAGAAUUACAAAGAGUUUCCUUAUUUAGUUUUAUUAUUAUUGUCCAUUAGCCUAGAUUUUUAUGAAGGAACCACACAAGGGAAAAUCUAAAUUUAGUUAAGAGUACAAUGCUUGUUUACGACAGUACGAUGCGAAAUUUGGGAACGGGUCACAAUGAUGUUAAUUCCAUAGUGAACUUGAACUAUACAGCCUAGCGUUGUUUGGCAUUUAAAGAUAAUUUGGUAAUGCUGCUGAAUACAUUAUCAUGUCUCCUUACAAAGGAGGGCCAUGAUCAGGUCAGCGUUUUAAUAUCAAUUUGUUAUAAAUGCUGACUUAUUGUUUUAAUGAUGCUAAUUACAUGUUUGUUAAGCUAGAAUGUUUCUAAGAAUAUAAGUUAUGACCAAAGUUGAUCAACACUACUAUGGCUAUAAAUUAUUUAUUUGAGAUGAACUGUACUGUAUAGAGAAAGACAAUAGAUCUUGAUAUACCUCGUCAACUCGUUUAGCAGCUGCUUCAUCUUCACCCAGGGUCCGUAGGCCUAAUGUUCUCUUUUUGUAGGACUGGAGAACUACUGUAGGAUAGUGACUGACUGAGGCCUUGUUUAUUUUUAGAUGAAGGCUUUACUAGUAAUAUCUGCCAACAGCACCUCAUCAAAGCAUCAUAUAUCUGAGCACAUAAAUGAACAAGCCAUUUCAAUUUAUUUCCCAUCUUUUAACAGUGGGGUUUGUUUGUCGUUUCUUUUUCUUUUCUCAGAAUGAGUAUGGAUUACUUAUCGAAAAAUUGGUUUUAGUUCUUUGGCAGUCAUUUUUGUUUCUGAAGUUGAGCUGCCAUCGGCAUUGUGGAUUUAACAAGCUCUUACUCAUGAAGUAUUUCUUAGAGCUGGUGAACUAGUCUUAAACAUCUAAUAGCUUAUAUCUCAACUUCUCGAUGGUCAACUCUGACCUAUACUAAAAGACAAGAGUAUUGUCAAUUUUUUUGUUUUUUAUUGGGCAGUUUCCAAGCAAUAUUUUCUUUUGUCUUUUUCUUUGACGUUAUUGAAUAGACAAUCACUGUCACAAGGGCUUUUGUUUCCCUGGAAUGUGUUGUUUUUGUUUUGUUUGUUUUUGUUUUGUUUUCCCCCCCUCUCUCCCUUCUUCUUUUAUUCUUAUUUCAUGAAAAA